UGUCAGUUGUUAGUGAACCUGCCAGUCUUUUGAAUGUCACGCACGUCACGUCAGUUUAGUCAGCCAUGUUUAUUUCCUUCGAGUAGUUGGAGUGUGUUUGGAAAUGGUGGUAGUGAUAAAAAAUAUUAGAGCAGUGGUAAUAUUUUUGUAUUAUUGUUGUUAGAAACUGUGCUAGUGAAGCAUAAAUGUGUAUUUUGUGUUAGUGAAGUGAUAUUACUACCACUAAAAUGAAUUGGGGCAAUGAGCUUUGGGAUCAGUAUGAUAACUUAGCUGCCCACACACACAAAGGAAUUGAAUUUCUAGACAAAUAUGGAACUUUCGUUAAGGAGCGGUGCGCAAUAGAAUUAGAAUAUGCAUCAAAACUCAGGAGGCUCGUCAAAAACUAUCAACCAAAAAGAAAAGAAGAAGACGAAUACCAAUACUCAGCGUGCAAAGCGUUCAGACAGCUUUUACAAGAGCUCGGCGACUUCGCGGGUCAGCGCGAGGUGGUCGCGGAGAACCUUCAGUCAAAUGUAGUUAGGGAGUUGCAUCUGCUCGCUAAGGAGCUGCGAGAAGAAAGGAAGCAACAUUUAAACGAAGGCGCAAAACAAAUGGCAGUAUUAAAUUCAGCAAUAGGCGCUCUAGAUAGAGCGAGAAGAGCGUACGAGCGCGCUGCGAGGGAAUCAGAACGAGCGCUCGAUGCGUUUCAGAGGGCAGAUGCUGAUCUCAACUUAAGUCGCGCGGAAGUAGAAAAACAGAAGGCGAACAUGAAACUCAGGAGCCAGGCUUGCGAAGAUGCCAAACAGGAGUAUUCAGACCAACUACGAAAGACUAACGAGGCCCAGCGGCAACACUACGAACAGAGGCUCCCGCAUGUGUUCAAACAGUUACAGGAUUUAGACGAGAAAAGAAUAAAGAAUAUUAAGAAUUUCAUGUUGAGUUCUGUGGAUGUGGAGAGAAAAGUUUUUCCAAUUAUAAUGCAGUGCCUGGACGGAAUGGAGCAAGCAGCUAAUAGUAUAAAUGAAAAAGAGGACACACAGCUAGUAAUAGAGAGGUAUAAGUCCGGCUUCGUGCCGCCCGAAGACUUCGCGUUCGAAGCGAUGGCGGGUGGCGACACCACAGACUCUGCAGCUGCGCCCCACCACCACCCCCACCACCUGAACCACCUGACGGCGGCGCGCGGCACCGUCUCCGGCAACCGGAUCAAGAAGCGGGGCGGGUUGCUGUCCAUAUUUAGCUCCAACAAGAACAACAUGUCUGUGGAUGGAAAGGAGGAUUAUUCAGAUUUGCCACCGAACCAAAAGAAAAAGAAACUACAAGCCAAGGUGCACGAGUUAAGUAAACAGGUAGCACAAGAACAGGCUGCGAUGGAAGGUCUUAUGAAAAUGAAAGGUGUAUAUGAAACGAAUCCCACAUUAGGAGACCCCAUGACUGUUGAAGGACAACUGAACGAAUGUUGCGACAAGUUGAAGAAGUUGCGAGCGCAGCUGCGCAAAUUCGAGGAGUUAUUGGCAGAAGCGAAUAAUCAAGUGACGGCGCCGGCGCUGCAUCCUGCCGCUCGUACUAACGGCGCACCGCCCACACAGGCCACCAGCAUCGGCUCGAACAGCGAGUCGCUAUCCCGCUCGGCGUCCGAGUCGUCAGUGAGCACGGGCGCAGGCGCAGGGCCGGGCUCCACUUGCGGCGGCGUGCCCAACGGCCGCGCCGCCGGUGGCUCGCCUGAGUCCGGCCUCGGCGGGGAGAUCGCCGCCGCGCACGCCGACCACGCCAACGGCGACCACGAUCACGCCGACCACGAGUCCGACUUCGACUACUACUACGAGCCGGAUCUGCAGCCGCUGGGCUACUGCAAGGCGCUGUACGCGUUCGAGGCGAACGGCACCGGUUCAACGAUGCGCAUGGAGUGCGGCGAGAAGCUUCUCGUCUUAGAGACAGACGCGGGCGACGGAUGGACGCGCGUACGCCGGCACCACACGCGGGAGGAGGGCUUCGUGCCCACCACGUACAUCGCCACCACGCUGUACAGCGACCACUAGCCGAUGCGGCACCGAGAUGUUUUGUGCGCGUAGUGACAGUGCAGUGAGUCUCGGCCGUGUCGUGCCUAUAGUAGUGAACUCUCCGCGAGUCACCGUUCAGUGCAAUUACCGCGCCAUUAUGUUACUGCGUAUACACUCUGUGGCCUAUAUAUACAUAUAGUAACAUAUAUUUUUGCUAUAAUUUAUCUUAACGGAAAUGUUAGCGUUAUUUUUAUAUCGACUCCUUGUCUUUCAUUGUUCCGGCGGAGGCCACCGAACGUUAUGAAAUCAUAAUAACAUUCCAUGAUCUUAUUUAUUGUGUAUAUUUUUACGCUACGCGUCAUACAUGUUUUCUUGUGUGCCGUGGCGGCAUAGUGUAAUUUUUUUAAUUGUAACGUUGUGUAACUCAUCUAGAUCUUCAUUGUGCCAGCUGUUAUGGAUUAAGGUUCUUUCGUACUUAUAAUAGUUGUACUCUUGCUUUUAUGUGAUUCUGCCAUUGAUAUAUUGAAAUUAUAGCAAAAAUAGGUUAUGAAAUUAAAAUUUAGUUUAACUGUGAAGUGUAAAAUAUGUAAACUUUGAUUAUCUGAAAUUUAAAUGAUGGAAUUCAUCAUACUCUGAUUAUAUUUGUAACAUUUAAUUGUAUCCAAUAUACAAUGUAUUAUAAUGUGCUUACGUUAAUUUCGAUUUACAUAGUUAAUACUGCUAGCUAAAUAUCGUAAUUAGCCAAUGCUAUUUUCUGAAUACUUGCUGUAGGCGAGGACGUAUAGUAAUGUAUUUAUAUAUAGUGAGAAGACGAAUGGAUGGACGCAUUUGAAUUUUAUAUAAAAAUAAAAGUAUAUGAAGACA